AUGGCAUCGGAAACGGAGACGGUCGCAACGAGGGUGAAGGCAGUGGACGGCGGCAAUGUCCAGGCGAGAUUGGUUGGUAGAGACUUCAAAUCGACUUGCUUCAUCGCGAGUUUACCGUCGCCUGAACCGACAUCAUCUGCUUUCGUCCUAAUUGAUCUGAGUGAAACAAAUCGGCAAGAACGAGGGCCACUCGGCAGCGCCGAUCGUCGAGACAUUGUCGGUGAAAAUAAUAAAAGAAACACCCUUUUCAGCGCCGUCACUAAGCAUCAGGGAUCUUUGUUGAUCGAAACUCUAACCACCGCCAAGGAAAACGAGGAAGAAUGA